AUGAAACUCUUUUUAAAGUACAAUGUUGGCGUUGUUGUGAUAAGUAGCAAACCGAUUGGAGAGAAAACCUGCCCAUUGGUUCCCUGGACUGUAACUUUCGAUGUAUGUGUUUCUAAAACCGUUCCGGGCUUUGGGGAGCAGAAUACUAUUCAUACCAUUAUUGAACAGAAAAUAAAUGCUGUUACAAGCGCUGAGUUUGCUAACGUUGAGAUGGAGACCUUCUCUGUUCAACCAAACGUUAAGUCGUUGAAAGUAGAGAUCAGCAACAUCAGGACGAAGGGAAUUCAUAAAUUCGGAAUGAAAAACUUGGAUAGUGCAGAUGCAAAGGAAGAUUUGGUAUUGGAUGUUGAUGGUGAGAAGCUUCACUGCCACAGUCAGAUUCUAUCUUGGAACUCCAAGAUCUUUAAAAAUAUGAUCGAAGAGGGCGAAGUGCCUUCUGAAAUCUGCUUGAAGGAUAUGAUUCCACUCCUGGAACUUCGAGAACUUCUUCAUUACCUCUACUUACCUU